AGUUUUGGUAUAUGUAUAAGUGUUAAAGAUGAUCUCACUAAAUGUUGAAACUUAUUAAUAUUGUAGAUAGUUAACUGUAUACCUUCGUGAAUUAUUGUAUGUAUUUUUUGUAUCUUUUACUGCAUCCGAAAUACAAUGUUUUGGGAAGAAAUAAAUUACAUAAUUUUUUUCAAAGUCAUCAUCUAGUAUGACGCAUGUAGUAAUAAAAGUAUUGUCCUACAAGGGAGACUAUAUUUUACAGUGAUUUCUAUUAAUUUUAUUUACAAAAUGGCAAGUUUUUUUGGUGAAGUAGUAUUUCCAGUUUCGCGAGCGUUUUGGGACGAUGAAGAUGAAAAUAAAGAAACUGAAUCUUUAGUUAAUCAACCCGAAUUUUUUAUACGAUGGUUAAAAGAAAAACCAUCCAGUAUCGAUACUUUAAUUGUAAUCGAGGGUGAAAUGUUAAUUGAUUUUUCAAAAAAAUGCUUGUGCUCAAAUUCACGAGAAAUAUGUUUUGUGGAAGAUGAAAAACAGAAGAAAAUAUAUACAAUUUAUCAAAUCAAUGAUGAGCUUUACAUAGGUAUUGUGUCUUCACGUUUUGAUGUAAAGUUGUCAGGCAAACUUGUAGAAAAAAUGGGUGAUAUUAUAUCAAGUGCAAAAAAUACAAUUUGCAUAACAUGUCGUCAUAUAUCACAAUAUAAAAACAAGAAUAUACCAAAAGUACCAUCUUUCUUAAGAAUGUUGACUACAGCAAGUGGAGAGAAUAUUUGCAAGUUGAAAGAACCAUAUUUAGAGCAGCCAAAUAUUGUAUAUGGAGUAACAGCAGGAGUAUUGUCAUAUUCUCAAAUUAUGGAACUACCUUCAGUUUUAUAUAUUUUAUAUACAGAUAGUUUUGUACUAGACUCAUUAUCUGCAGAACCGCUUUUAAAAUUAUUAACAAAUUAUACAUUACUACAUAAUGUUACAUUCUCUGGAAAAGACUUCUUCAAUAAAGGCAAUCUUUACAUGUGAAA